UCGGUCUCCGCGCUUCUUUACAGAAAGCAACACCAGAAGCCCCCCCCCAUCAACUCUAAUAAUCACCACUUGUAUAGCUCUCUGGUUCUUUCCCAGUUGAGCUAUUCCUGAAAAUCCAUAUUUAAUAACAUAUUUGGUCUAUCGCCUAUUCCUCUAUCCCGAACACAUCCUUCUCUCACCCCCACCCACCAUGUCGAACUCAACACAAUCCCACGAUAAGCCCGAAGCUUCGCAGCAACCCCAACAGCAGAAGCCCCCCGUGUUGGAGGAAGACGACGAGUUCGAGGAUUUCCCUAUUGAAGACUGGCCACAAGAAGAAACCGAGCAAGCAUCUGGAUCGGCAAACGGCGCUAAUAACCAUCUCUGGGAAGAGAGUUGGGAUGACGAUGAUGCCGCUGAGGACUUCUCGAAGCAGUUGAAGGAGGAACUGAAGAAGGUCGAAGCAUCCCGUUAGGAUGCAGAGUGGCGUGGUAUCGGUUUGCGAGAUGAAUGACAGCUCAAUGAAUUAAUUGACCGUGGAAUUACAAUUAUACAAGACGAAACGCUAUACAUAACCUCACAACGGGGCUAAGCUAGAUCUCGGUGCUUGGAGAAUUUACUUCAAAUCUUCCUUGAACUGCACUGUAUUAGGAUUGAGGAUGUGCAGUUGAGGAGGCAAUCUAUGACAGGAUACUUGACGGCAGGCCUACAGUCGAGAAGAGGCGAUGAGUUGAGUUUUGUUCGUCACGUAUUCUAUCAGUAUCUACAAUUUAAUUGUGAAACGAAUUCAAAGUCCAUCCCACCCCAGAUUGAGUUCCGUCGUCCAGCCCUAGUCACUUAAGAAAAUCACAGCUUAGGACCCAACAUUGACAGAGCAGCAACACCUGGGAGCUCCUUGCCUUCAAGAAGCUCCAGGGAUGCACCACCACCGGUGGAGACGUGGCUGAGCU